AUGUACACAAAUUCUUCAUUCGGUAAUAGAGAUCAACGACAGCAGACAAGCCAUCAGAAAAUAACGAACAAUAACAACAAUAUGAAUAUUCAAAAACAGCAACCAAAUAGAAUAACAAAAUUUGCAUUCGAUUACGCCACUGAUAAGCAAUCUCAAUCAUUUAAAAUUGAAUGUAAUCCAAAAGUCGAAGAUGCAAAACAAGGAUCAAAAUUUAUUCAAGAAUUUAUUGGAUAUGUCAAAACUGAUUUCUUAAAACAAAAUUCCGUCUAUUCAAGAGCUGUACAAUUUGAUAUAUGGUGGAUUGAUUUGAAUGGUAAUAUGCAAUUUGUAGUUAAAUUCACGGAAUUGUACGUCUAUUUAUGCAAUGAUAAACGUUAUCCAAAGAAAAUAAUGAAUAUCAAAUUAACACCUAACACUCCAAAACACCUUCCGCCGCAGCACACAGCAAUUUUGAAAUGGCUCAAGCACUCAGUGACAAUCGAAGACGUUAAAGAAGAAUUAAAUUCAAAAUUUAUUUCUCUGUUUACAAUUGAAAAAAUGAUGGGCACAGCCAUUGAUAAAAAUCGUCAUAUUCGAAUUGAAAUAUGUAAUAAAUCUGGAAAUACUAGAAAACUUUGUCAAAAUUCAACAUUUGAUAUAUGUAAACGAUGUGGAGGUGAUGAUAGUACCGAUGAGGAUGGACGUAACAGUAUAAAAAUGAGUUCACAACCAUCACCAGAAGCACCAGCAGUUCGACAAAACCAUGAUUACGUAGAAGGUGAUGAUGAGGCUUUUCGUAUUGUACAUCACCAGCGUCGUCGACUACAGCCGAGAGAAGCGCCAAAUGAUCAGUUUUUUGAUGCAACAACUUCACCAUUACAGACAGCUGUUUCCAAGAUUUCAAAGGAAGCAGAACGUUUCAGUUGUGAAUUCAGAUUUCCGCCGGUUAAAAUUUCAUUUAUUAAUACAAACGUCUUGUUUACUGAUCAGAUUGCUAGGCAGUCUAUUGGUGAAUUAAAAAGACGAAAUGUUAGAACUCGUAACUUGGUUUCAUUUUGGCGAAUUGAUAGUACAAAGAAAUAUUUUUUUGUUUAUGCUGAUAACCGUGAAGCAUUUUCUCGAUCACUUAUGAAUGAAACAUAUCCAAGAAGUAUUAAUGUUCAACAAUUUAAUAUCGAACAGGCUAAGCGUAUACCUCCACAGAUGAGUGUUUUAGCUAUGGGAGUUUCUUGUCAGCUAUCAGAAGCUGAAGUAAUAACUGAUGUUCAGGAGCAGUAUGCCUCUGUGGACGUCGUUCUUUUCGUCUGUCCUGCAUCUAGUCGUACUCGAAAUGCUAAGGUUAACUUCCGUGACAAUCUUGAUUACACAAAAUGUCUGAAUAAUGGGUUUAUUUAUGUUAAUCAUUUGAAGCUAACAGUCAAACGCUAUUUGGGUACGCCCAGGGUCAUGCUAUGCUCAAAAUACCAGGGAUUCGGGCGCUUCCGAGCCAGAUGUACAAGUGCUCAUGAAUACUGUGCUGUCUGUUCUGCAGAAAGAUCUCUUGAUUCACCACAUGUGUGUACCAAUGUUACUAAGCGCGGGAAUUGCUGUAGUGAUCAUUCUUAUACAUAUUCUCAGUACUUCGCAUGGUUACAGUAUAGAAGAGAAUUAAUUGAACAGCUGCUGGAAAAAAAUAUGGUUUCUAAUCAUGUACACAUACCUGAAGCAUUUAAAAGUCGUGUGAACAGAGUUUUUCCUCUUACACCUGUACAAAAUCGUGUGCAUUUGCUUUUUAACGUGACACUUUGA